ACGCAGAAUUGCAUGUGGCUUCUUCCUGUAUAGCUGAAGGGUGGGACAGGCGGAAGCGAGGCUCUACGGUGGUAAUAUUUUUCUCCGGCUUGAGCGGUUGGACUGAUAUCUAUCAAUUAACAUGCCGGUAAGUGAUUUUCCUACCUAAAUUGAUCGACAGAAGCGCCGAUAAGGGAAAAUAGGAGGCGCACUCAAACCUAUAGGUGACGAAGGGCCUUAAAGCUAAAGCUAGCUUUGAUGACGAGCGUCGUUAGGUUUGUCGGCUAGCUGGGUUAGCAUUUGCUCCUAAAUCUGUGAUACGGAGCACUUCUUAAGAAAUUAUCUCAAUGUUUUACCUUUUUUUGCAAUAACUCAUCGAUUUAGUAUCUAUUCUUAGUGUUGUUGUGUUGUAUCUUUCAACGAUGUACGGUUAGUAGUAGAGCUGUCACUGAUGCACACUGACAGGAGUUUGCAGACUCAGCUCUGUGAAUGAAUUGAACAUAUUUUUCUCCUUUUUUAAGGCCUAUCACUCAAGCUUGAUGAUCCCUGACACCAGACUGGUGGGGAAUAUGGCUUUACUUCCCCUGAAAACCCAGUUCAAGGGUCCAGCCAGAGGAGACGGUAAGACUAGAGUACAGAGUGAAGCUAGACCCAGUUGACCACAAAUACACUCACUUUGCAUUCGGUUAAAGAUGUUUAUUUCCAUUUUUAAGACAGUUUCCAUCGUGCAAUGUCACGAAUUGCUUAUUUCCUGAUGCAUGUGUGUGCAUCACUUCCAUAUAUGGCCUGAAAGAGCGUAAAUAACUUCAACUUCCUCUUGUCAUGUCUUUGACACACAGUCUAAAACUUCACACAAGGAGAUGAAUCUAAACCAAAUAGGAAAUGACUCUGCAGCACUCAGAUUUUAAUUCUUGUGUGUUGAUUUAAGAUGUUGUAUUUACUGAUUGCCCUUUUCUCAUUUCAGGCGUAGACUCAGACAUCAUUGAUGAGGCUAUCUACUACUUCAAGGCCAAUGUUUUCUUUAAGAACUAUGAAAUCAAGGUGAGAUGAGCUGUCUUCUAUAAAUAUUUAAGUCAGUUACCGACCACUCUCAUGUUCAUGUCCCUGUUUGUUUUAGCUCUCUCCCAUCUCACCCUCCCUUUUAUUCUCCAAGCAGCUGUAUUUUGCUCUUCCACAUGCCCCAACUUGCUGUUUCCCAUUCCCCUCAGCUAUGCAUAGUUGCUCAGGAUUUGAACCACAUUACCUUUUUCUGUACAGAACGAGUUGGAACUACACUUAUUGCAAUAAUAUGUCCUGAUACACCGGUCAGAAUUAAAGUUUAUUGGGUCUUCAGUCUUUGUUUUCAAUUCUUGGUUCUUCAGCUAUAAUCUGUUCAUCUUUUGUCUUUCAGAAUGAGGCCGACAGAACGCUGAUUUAUGUCACAUUGUACAUCUCUGAAUGCCUAAAGAAGCUUCAGAAGGUAACUUGAAGAUUUACUGAAUAUUCAGAGAUGACAGAGGUGGAAGUGUUCUCAUUUUACCAUCUGAAGUAAAAACUGGAAGGGUUUAUAGACGAUUUACAGUGUACUAAUGUGAAUCAUUUUCCCUGUCUUGAUGUGGAUGUAAUGAGCCUUUGUAAUGCUCAAUAGACAGGUCAUCUGCCGGUUUGCUUUAAUGUGUCUGUCUCUCUUUACAGUGCAGCUCCAGAAACCAGGGAGAAAAGGAGAUGUACACUCUUGGCAUCUCUAACUUUCCAAUUCCAGGAGAGCCUGGCUUCCCUCUCAACGCCAUGUACAUUAAACCAGCAAACAAGCAGGAGGAAGGUAAGGACACACACACCAUGAAAUGAGGACUGUACCUGUGGGAGUAUCUUGGGAGGUUUACUGUAGAUGGAUAAAAAGCAAAACAAAAAGUUUUGCUCAACUGGACAUUUUUUUAUUUUAUUUUAAAUACUUUUUAGCUAUUAAUAUGCAAGACCUUGUCUCCCCAGUCUGUGUCCUGACAAGUUCCCUUCUUCUAUUUCAUCUGUUUUCUUGGCUGAAGUUGUGUCAUUGCAUCCAAAAAUAGCAACGAUGAUUUAAGCCUCAUCAGCUGAAAGUAGGAAAUGCUGUUUCAGGCUUUUAUGGUUUCCCUAAACCUUGUCUGACUCAAUAAGAUAAGAUUUUAAAAGGAUAAUAAAUAUAGUGGCUGCCACAUCAAUUUUGAUUAAAUACAGAAAUCAGUGUUGUAACCUUGCAAUGAGCCUUGUCAGACUGAUGAAUUUGGUAGGGUGACCAUAUUCUGAAUCCCCAAAAAGAGGACAUGACUACGUGGGGAUGAGUUACAAAGUCAUGCAUGGUAAAUUUUGAGAGUUUUUCGGGUCGGUUCGAUUGUCGAUUGUUUUUUUUUUUUUACACGCUUCUAACUCAGUAAGUCUACACGACACAAACUCAAAACUUCCAUACAAAACCCUGGACAUUUGAAGGAUUUGAUAAACUCCCCCGGACAAGGCUGUACAAGGCCAGUCAGACCCCAAAAAAGAGGACAUGUCUGGGUAAAAGAGGAUGUUUGUUCACCCCAGAUUUGGUCUUUCCUACAGACACCAGUUUCUUCUCUCUGUAACGAUCAGAUGCAGCUUUUCCAAAAGUGAUAUUACUACACGGUAGUUAGUUGAUAAUGUUGAUGGUUCCAUUGAUCAUACUGCUUCCCUGUCCUUGUCCAGACACAAUGAGGGCGUACCUGCAGCAGAUCCGCCAAGAGACAGGUUUAAGGCUAUGUGACCGUGUGUUUGACCCCCAGACAGACAAACCAAGCAAGGUGAGUCCCAACAUCUACAGGCUGCAAAACAUGCCAGGCAAAGUUCACACAUUUAAUUUUCAAAAUGUGUUUUAGAAGUAAAGCUAUGUUUCCCAUGAUCAUCUGACCAGUAUAAGCAGUAGUGUUCAGUUUUGCUCUCAAACGGUGUCACGGUGAAUUGAAUCGCCCCACUCUUACCCCACAUUUGUUUCUUCCAGUGGUGGGUGUGCUUUGUCAAGAAGCAGUUCAUGAACAAAAGCCUCUCAGCUCCUGGACAGUGAUCGACUCAGGACCCAAAGUGUUUGUUCUACACCUGCGACAUGGAUGGAUGGAUGAAUUUUUUUUUCUUUGAUUGGGGUGGAAGAGCUUUGCUUUUGUGCUGUCGAGAUGAUUUUAUACUCAGUUUGAAGAUAUGUAUUCACUUGUCUGACUCAUGACAAUAUUGAGCUGGCGCUUAAUUCAAUAAAGCAAUCAUGGAGUUUGAAAAAAAGACAUGUGGCUGAGUUUGAUUCUGAGUAGUUUAAACAUAUUCACCUCUUUACUAGAUUUGAGAGUACCACUAGAUAGCCACAAGAUUUCUGAAGUGAAAAUCAGUCAUUUGACCUUUGGCAUCAGCGGCUCUUUGGCUUCGAAUCCGUAUACAGGCGGUAGGCGGAACCAAGUUGUCCAUAGUAUAUACAGUCUAUGACUUUCACCCAUUAUUCGAUAACUACUUUUUCCAAAAGCAACUGUGAGUUGCAUAACUGAUUUCCAAGUACUUAACCAAAAUAAUUAUGAUAGCCGUUGAGCAAAAAAGGCUCAGUGGGCUGUUAGACCUCUGUUAGCAGGCUAGUCUAAACUUGGUCUAAAUUUAGAGGCCAAAAAAACCUUUCGUCGUCUAGGUUACAUUUAAACAUCUAUUAGACCUCUUUUCGACCAAAAAAUGCUCAGUGGGAUACUAAAUAUCUAAUACAAAGAGAGGUUUAUUUGGUGCUACUUCAAAUAUUCUUGCACUGUCUCUCUCUUUCGCAUAAUUGAUGUACACAGAAACUGAAGCAUUCUCAGUAAAAACACUUUAUUGGUUUAUUCUUUGGUUUUUCUACAACAGUUCUGCUGCAUAUAAUCAGUUGUACUAUUUAUGAAGACAGGUUUCCUUUGCUGGCAGUAAAAAGUUAAGGCAGUGCUGGGUGAUGGGUUUCCCACUCAGGGGGAAAGACGAGCACUUUCUCUGCAUGCAGGGAAAGCAAAGCCAGUGUUUGUUUAUUUCCAUGAUUAUGAGACUACAAACACCCCAGAAUUGUUGCAUAAUUGAUAAACUAACUGUGAGGUUUGUUGGCUCAGUGUGGCAGGUUGAAAAGAAAAAAUGAAGACUCUCUUUAAACAGGCGAUAUGCAUCUAUAAAAUAGCCAAACUAUAAAUAAAUAGGUAAACAUAACAACCUAAGAAAUGGGGCACUUCUCAGAGGGAAUAAAUGCUCCUGAAAAUCUGACAAGUAUUUACACGAGGAGAGAAAUAAUCUGAUAGAUAAUUAAUCUUUCUGUGAGUCAAAGGCUGACGUUUGACCAGUGAUAGCAUCAUCUGAAUGUGUGGAAACUUUAAGAGGGGGUAUUAUGCAUCUAGCGUCUUCGCGCAGGCUCACGUUUUGAGCAGCUUACGUCUAUUUUCUGGGUUUAUGACAACAUAUAUUUACCUCAGGAUUUGAAACUUUGCUAACAUCUAGUAUGGACAUCAAACUUUGUAAUUUUACAGUUUUUGUAAAUGUGGAAAAGCAUAAUACCCCCGCUUUAAUAAAUGAAAACCUUUCCCAGUGUGAAACCAUUCAGUUAUAACUAUCACAAAGCGUUUCCAAACUAGUGGAGAACUAUGGGUUUAAAUGUUUCUGUGAGUCUUUCUCCUUGGGGAUGGAUAGUUGAUGGCGAUGAACUUGUGCCUCAUGUUCAUCUGGACAUGUUGCCACUUGUCAAUCCUCUGUGCAGUUUCCAACCUGAAACAAGAGGAACGUGUCAGUCUGUGUAUUAACCAUCAUUGGUGCUCCCUGACAGAGUAUUUUUUCCUAUUAUUUUCUUUAUAAAAUGUCCUUCAAUAAAAAACACAUUUUGAAGCAUAAAGAAACUAUACAGACUGACUUGAGGAGGUUUAAGUGCCAUGAGAUAACUUUCACAACCUUGUAACAGAGACCAAAUGAAAAGCUGCCAGUCAAAAAUGGUGUCAAUGGUCAGCGUGUUUAACUUCAUAUUCAUGCAUCGACAUGUGCAGUAACAGUUUAGUUAAAAGCACUAUCAACCCUGUCCUUUUACACUGUAAUGAAUCCUCACUAUUUAUUGCACUGACCUUGUUGUUCCUUAGUCGAAGGCCAUCUCUUGACUCUUUCGAACACAGCGAGCCACCUUUUUCUUGAAAAUGCCUGUAGGAUCCUCUCGCCACUCUUUCUGCAAGAUACGACGAAUGAAAAACCGUCUCAGCAGUGUGCCUUGUUAAAGUGUACAGUAGGUUUACUUUAUUGGCCAAUUUGGCUGGUAAUAUUUUAAACUAUGGCCAUAUCGAACAACUAUCAGAUCUGAACUAUGACCUGCAUUUACCAGCAAUAAAACUCAAGAAACACUAAUGGACUAACUCAAGAAAUUAAAUUUGUGCUUUUGGAGCUUGGCUCUCAAAAGCUGAAUUAAUUCUAGGAAUGUAGUUCCCCUCUGUAGCUCAUCAGCAUAUAUUGGUACAUACUGAGAAAUUAGAAAUAAAAAGUUAUGCUUUUAAAAAUCAGAUUUUUAUGUUUUGUACCAAUAUUAAGGAUAAUUCUGAGACCUCAACAUCAGUUGCGAAAAUGCAUCCAAAUUAGACAGCAGCUAAAUGAGACAGUGGACACUUACAGCUGCAUCCACAUUUGCAGGAGAGUCUCCGUUCGGGUCUGCCAACAUGGAGAUGACACUGAUCAUGAUGGUCUCCACUGUGUGGAUGGGCAGCCAGCGCUCCUCUGGCUUCUCAUAACCAUACUUGUCCUCUCCAGGCUCAUGCAGGAUGGAGAUGCAGACAUCACCGUUUUUUGCCACUGGCAAAAGAGAGAGAAAACAACUCAUGAAUAUUCACUUCUACACUGAUGAAUUAUGGUGGAAUUUAAAGUUAGUUUUUACCAUUGGGAUGCCAGAUUUCUGUGAUAAACUUCAUUUUGGGUGGCCUCAGAGGAUAGUCACGAGGGAAGGUCAAAGCCGCCUUGAAGAAUCCUCCCUCACUAUGAAUGAAAAAGGAGAUGAUGAAGAUGAAACGCAGGGGGUGUAGGCAAAAAGCUAACCACUAACUCAGUUCACCGUGAAAUAGUCUUACUCACAAUAAUGUAUCUUGGGGCCCGAUGACGACGACCUCCCACUGAUAGAUAUCAUCAUCAUCUACAAGACCUGCAGAAAAACCUUCCACUGGGUUCUUGUUGAGCUCUGAAAUUAAAAGUUGCCAUUAAUCAGACUUUGACACUCAUUUUUAAUUCAAAUACAGAACAUAAUCAACAUUAGGGAGUAUAUCCAACAAAAUAGCCAAUCUAUCUCAUUGUAACCCCACUCAAAGUAGUAAUUGUUUCAACUGUUUCACUGGUGUUAAAAAUGCAGACUGAAUAUCGAGAAAAUCGACAAUAUCAUGGAGUCGCAAUUUAAAUCAAAUAGGCAUCCAAAAAAAAUGUAGAAGAAUCGAAUUGGGAGAAAAUCAGUGGUUUCCACCGUUUACAUCAUCUAAUGUUGACAUUUUAAGACGUCUUCAUUAUCUCUGAGGGGGCGAUUUGUUUUUUGGGUCUUGCAUACCUCCAAUAACGCUCAGGACUGUAAACUAAUACACUGUAUUAUUUAGUAUUUAUCUACAUUUUUUGUACUGUUAAGUUAAAAUAUUAUAAAAAUAUUUUAAAUAAAUAUAUAUUUUUUAAGUAUAUCUUAUUCACUUUGCUUUGUUAUUGACUUUGUACGUUACUAAAAUGUUGAACUAAUCUCUCGUUUCUUUAGUUUUUAGUACAGAUGCUUCAAAACGGGCAGGUUUUAAAAAAAAAUCGUAAUUAUAAUCGAGUUCGGACGAUAUGACGAAAGAUAUCGUGAUCAUUUUUUUUGCCAAAUAGCCCAGGCCUACUCGAUACUAUUCUGUAUGGAUUUUUUCUCCCACCCCAUCAGAUUGACAAUGAGCACACAUUUCCAUACAUUAAUCAUUUCCAGUAUUGUGCUUUUUACAAGGAAGUAAGGGUUUAUAUGGUUUGUAGACCAUUAAAAUCAGAUUUUAUCAACAUAUUACUCAGUGUACAUUUCAGUGAUGCUUAUAUAUUAACUAGACAGAUUUACAAAUCACAAACACGUUUCAGAGUCACCACACAGACUGCUGGUGUGUGUGUGUAAUACUUUAGAAAUGUCUUCCCUGGUAAUUGAGCAACACCAGUCAGUGUUAGUCAUAGCCUCACCGACAGCUGUCUGAUACUGGCUAUUCACGUACACUUUAGCCCAUUUCAUUGUCACGAUCUGUUUCUGAACAUCGAUAAUAAGCUAUCAAAAUAACACAACAGUCAAACAAACCACAGCUGUAAUCGUGUGUUAAUCAAUACAGAACAGAAUAAACUAAAGUAGCGAGUUAGCCUACUCACCUGCUAACUGUUUACGUAGUAACAGUGAGGACUGAUCCGUCAUUUUAUGGCUGUAUCUCGUAGACUUACUUAUCAGAUUAACCUAACACCAACUUUAAGUCAAACACGGUUAAAUUAAACAUUAGGCACACAAGGUAAAGUUGUUUGUCCACGUUUUCUCCUCCGCCUGCCUGUCUGAGACUGACACCAAGAAUAUGAGUCAAAAACAGAUUCUUAUUACACCCUCAGGAGGACCUGUCAGGAAAAAACUGACAUCGAGUCUGUCAACAGAUUCAGUAAGAGAAAUGAUUUUGGCAGAAGUUAAAAUUUGGGAUAGGGAAAUGGUUAUGAUAAAGUGCUUUUGUGUAUUUGAAAAACUGGGAUUUGUUUGUAGUUAACAUACUUUUGGCUAUGGCACCUGUAAGACUGAACGCAGGGUUUAAAAUAGCCCUGAAGUUCUUCUUCGUGUAGUUCUGGGCAGACUUUACCCUUUAGGAUGCAUUACUACCUCCCACAGUUCAAAACAGAUAUUACAAGUUCUUGAAUUUCAUUCUGUAGUAGGGGAGACCAGGGCUUGUUGUCACACGUUUUACACUCUUGUAUUUCUUGGAAUCAGUACAUCAUAUAUAAACAAAAUGUGUACCAGAUGAAAGACAAAAGUCUCAGGUAUAUCUUUCGUAUUCAUGUCAUUUUCAUAUCUUGUGUCGGUGCAAAGUUAAUUAAGUUAAUGCAAUAUGCUCUGGACUUUGGAGAGCUGUCUGACUCUGUGUUUCAGCUGGGGUGAAUGUUUUGCAGUACCAAGCUAAGGUGUGGUAGUUGACAUUAAAGUCCUUUAUUGUGCUCCAGAUUGAUUUAUUAGUGAGGGUCACCUGCCUGACUGCCCCCAGCAUCACGUCAGGUACUGCAUUGCCAUGUUCUGUUUUUCUUUUGAAAUUACUCACCAUGUCUUCUCACUUUCUCCUCUCCUUUAAACCACUCUGCUCUGUAAAAAUAAUAUACCGUUUUUUUUUUUAUUACAAGCAAACCAAUUUUUUAAUUACAAGAAUAUCCAGCUGCUUUCACCGCUACCAGCUGUUAGACAUGGCCAAAACUGAAGCAUGAUCAUUUUUCUAUGACAGCCACCUGUUUCUUGGGUUUCAAUUUGAAAAAAAGAGCAAUGGUUGCUUUGUUGGUGUAUGUAAGCGAGACACAAUUCCCACUUCUGGUUAUUGUGAAAGCGUUGAAGUACUUGGCGAUCCUAGUGAACCGGUGCUGAGACCCUGAAUUGUGUCCACUCAUGAUGGUUUGAGAACGGUCCUUUAGCACAGUGGUUCUCAACUAGUGGGUCCUGACCCAAAAGUGGGUCGCAGACACUUUCUGGAUGGGUCGCAAACAGCUGGUCAAAAAUGUAAAUAUUUAAUGCACAUCUGAUGUUUGACAUGUUUUUUAUUUUGAAGAAAAGCUUAUUUUGAAAGGCACGUUUUAUGUCGUGGUCCCCGGUUUCUAAUUAAUGUGGCCUGAAUGCAGUAAAAAUACAUGUUUUUUUCUUGGUCUUUAUUUCAUGAAAUUUGAUAUUUAUUCACUUUUGUCCAUGCUGUUGCACGGUCCUCUUCAGGUUCCUCUGAAUAUGCAUUGGACGCAGAGAUGCACAUCAGUAAAAUUUUUCAUUUUACUCAUCUCCAUUUUGUGCAGUUUGAUAUCUUCUGUAUAAGCAACUUUAGUUGUCGUCGUCCUCAGUUCAUGUGCUCUGAAAUGCACUCUACUCAAUAAAAUGGGUGUAUUUAUGUCAAAGAUUUGAGUCUUAAAAGUUUUUUUCUAUAAAAAAUAAAUUCGCUUGGUUUGAAUUUUAUAAAAGUGGGUCGCAACUUAAGGAGCAUGGAUAAAAGGUGGGUCCCACAGUGAGACCAGUUGAGAGCCACUGCUUCAGCACACGACCCCUAUGGAAACAGAAUGAGACAGGUGCUCUUUAGCGGAGGCCUCAAUGCUAAGUUAACAAACUAUAAAUACAGUUCAAAUCAUUAAAGUUAAUCCUAUUAAUCAAUCAGUAAGUCAGUUAAACCUUAUUUAUAUGACACCAAUUCACAACAAAUGUUGUGUAGUCUCUUGGUGAAAGAUCUUUGACUGAAUCCAAACUGUUUCACAAAGAGGUAAUUUAUAGAAAUCACUUUCAAACUGCUGUCAAGAUUUCACUCGGACUUUAAUCAGUAAAGAUCAAACAGUGAUGCCUGUGGCCUGAGGACUUAUGACUCAGUCAUGGUUGAUGCCACAGGCAAUGUUAAGGGCAAGUCACAACAAUCAGAGGUACAGAGUGGGCAGACGUAGACGAACUUGCUGCUAUUAUCUUCUCUAUAUAGAUGUUCGCAAAAACAUCAAUCAAAGUCCCAUAAAGAGCAGAAGAUUAAGACAAGCAAAAUAAGAAGCAUGGUAGUAAAGUGGCAAAUGUACAACAAGUCCUCCUUAACGCUGAUGUUUCAAAGAUGGUAGAGGAGGAGAAAGCCCUUUGUACGAUCAAACAGAGAGGGAAAUAAUGACAUAGACAACUUAAUCUAAUCCCAUGCCAUGUGAGUGAGUAACGCAAAAAGGAAAAAGAGUCAUUUCUGGUGGAGAGUUUUCACUUUGAGGGAGGAUCAGUCACACUGUGUUGAUCUUAUUGUCCGGGAUAAGAGGAUGAGCAGCAGAGUCCUCUGGAGAGCUCUACUAACACCCUGACAGCUCACUCAGAUCAAUACGGUGACAGAAGACAAAGAAUGAUUGUGUUAUUAAUUGUUUAAGCAGCUCAUGACAAAAAGCUGACAAUCCAGGGCGGUCAAGUGGAUUAAAGUCUAAAGGUGAUGAUGGCCACAGGUAAUGAACUAUUUCUUCGUGGCUUGAUUUCUAAAGAUUACACUCACUGGAGGAUUUCUAUUUCCACAGACAUGAAACAUAUUUUUGAGUCAGAUUUCACUGUAAAUUCACCUGAUCCUGCAAUGUCUUUACUAUCAUACUCUGAAGAUGUCUCAUGGGUGAGAUGUAAAUAGGUAAGUUAUUCUGGUCCAUCUCAAAGGCAGCAGAAAUAUCUUUGUAGUUUUGAUCCUUUCAGUUGAAUUGAAGAUAUUUAAAAGGAAAAGUUACACAAAUCCUUUCCCACAGUCCUUUUUGUGUCUGAUCCUAACUUAAAGCUCCUAUGAGGAGUUUUUUUAUACUUAUGAAAUGUACUGAAAUUCAUGAUGGUGCAUUUUAAUCACAAACAAAGGCAAAUAUGACCAUCAGAAACAAGACUACAAUGUCCACCUUAAAUAUCCAAAAUGAGUGAUACAUUUGACUGUCAAAAGUAAACAGGAUGAGAUUUGUUAUAAUAAAUCAUGCAGCAGACAAAAUAAGCAAAGACCGCUUUGACCACAAGGGGGUGCCAAACUUCACAUAAUCGAGAAGUUGCCUGCAAGAGCUUCAAGUAAAAGACAUUUUCAAAAUCUGACAAAGUCAAGCUGUCAGAGACUGUGGCUGGACCUCAAACUGAACUGGACAUUAGAUAUUGACCACCUUCACAGGAAGAGACAGAGCAGGCUGUACUUUCUAAGAAAACUCCUGUGGAUGUUUUAUCUGUUUGUUGUUGUCAGUAUCUUUUGUUACACUGUGGUGGUCUUACAGGGUCUUUGAUAGCACUGCUGACCUUAAACAACCAUCAUCAGAUCUCAUUCAGCUGAUUUCAGGUCUGCUCUUCACUGAUGGGGUAGGUGAUGGGGUGAGUUCUGCUUGUUUCAGUCUGAUCUCAUUAGCAUUGCUGGGAAGAAGCGACAUGAAUUCAGAAUGGCGAAACUCAUUACGGAAGAAGCCCCAGAGGAUUCACAUCACACACAACACAUGAUCAUAAACGAUCUGUUCAGCUCCUUAUUAAUCCAUCAUAAUAUUCUAAUGAUCCCCAAUUACACCAGGCUAAAUGAUCUCAUUACACACACUGUAAAUGUGCAGUGGUCUCGACAAGUACCUCGUAGAAAGCAGCAGUUUGAGCUCCCUUUUUACUCCAGGUUUGAUUCAGUGGAGACAUUAACCAAUUUUCAUUAAUGUUCCUCAGAGCCAAUAAAAUCAAACAUGUUCCUGUUGGCGAGACAUGAGCCGCACAGCUGGAGGGAAAGAGGAUUACGGAUGAUCAAUACAGCUGUAUUUGGGCGUUAAAGGUAGAAGUAAAUUAGUUCAUGUUUUGCCUCACAUAAAUGUUUUUUAUUGUUUUUUCAUCUUUCUUUGUCUUCACUUGUUAGAUGUUGGCCAUGAAAUUCUUGUACAUCUUUUAACACAUCUCUCAUGGAAUGACAGGAACGUCUCUUCAAUCUUCCUUCUUUUGUUAAGCAGAGUCACAAACAUCAUAUUUAUGGUCUGCUGUCAUUAAACAGACAGCAGACUUUUCUCUCUUUAUCUUUCUCAGAGUCAGAUAUCAAUCGAGGUAUUCAGAGGUAAAAGGAGAAAACAUGACCGAAUGACACUUUCAUGCUGUUUCCAGCAAAAGAAUCUCUUUUUUUUUUGUUAUUUUGCUGCUUCUUUUCACUCAGAGGCGCUUUGUUAUGACAGGCUUUGUGCUUGCGGUAUAGUUUUGAGAAUCAAAAGAGUGCGUAUGAUGUUCUUUGGGUGAAUUCUUUCACCUUAUUGUGUUUGUGCUUUCACACACAACAGCAGGACUGACAAAUGGAGAAACCUCAAGAGUCUUAUAAAACGAUACGGCAGAUCUAUCUGUAGUGUUGUCGCUUUUCUCUGUUGUAGAAAUGUGUAAUCCCAAGAAACUUUUUCCUCUUAAUCCUGAACUUUUAAUUCUGUCCACUCAUGUCAAAGCAGUUACUCUCUCCUGUGAGAGUAUCCUGUAGUAUGUAAAUCGCACUGAAAAACGGCGCACACAGCAGUUAUAAUUCAUAAGACAUGUAGAAACUUGGCUGACCUCUUUGACCCUUUAAGUAUAAUUCAGACCAGCUGUUUCUGCCUGAGCCAGAACUGCUGAUCAAGCUGUUUUUACCCACACCCAUCCUCUCUCUUCCACUUUUCUACCUCAGAGGAUCCUUCAAUCUGAGCUCUGAAGUACGGUCGGACUUUAAAGUGAGAAUGCAACAAUGCAGGGAGCUUUAGAUGUAGACUGAGCCAAAUACAUGUUCAAAGAGAAACUUUGAUAUUUUCACAAACACACCUUCCUCGUGCUUGAUUAGGACUCCCCCAGACUCGAGUUAAUUGUGUGACAAUGAAAUAAACAAAAACAAACAAAUGUUUAAAAGGACUUGAAACUUAUUCUAAGUCCAUUUCAGGGACCGUCUACUUUCUCUGUGGGCCCCUUCUGGAGUCUCAGGUAUGAAUUGUUCCACGACAGUAGAGUGUUUCUGUGUGGUGGCUGGGAAAGGUGUUGCAUUCACUUCUGACUGUGACAAACACCAGUUUGGAGGAUUGUAUAUUGCAUUCACUUAUUUUUCUGCUUUGGUUGUCUCUGCAUCGGCUGAGAAAUCAUUUGCACCUCGACAGUCUCGGCUUUAUACUGAAGGGGGGAAAAUAAAUUGCUUUCUUGCCUGCACAGUGGCUCUUUGUGGAUGUAGGAAUGAAUUUCAAUGUUGCUGUGAUUAGUUUCAUAUCAGAUUGUGAGAUGAAGGAUUUAAUGCUUAAACAUCUGCAUGUCAAACAGCAGGAUCAUCCAAGUAGUUGUUUUCUUUUUCUUUGCAGCUGACUGAAACACAAGAUUUUUCAGCUUAUCCUGACCCUUUCUGUUCCUACCUUGAGCUUUACUUUUGUUUGUGUUUUCAUUGUUUCCUAGCUUCCUUUCCUCUCUUUUCUUUCUUUCUGAUCUAAAUCUUCUUCUGACCAUAUAUGCAUAGAAUAUUUGGUUUACCUUUUCCCUUUUUCAGUUUUUUUAUGUUCAGACUCUGUUGAACGAGUUUCUUGUAGUAACACUAUGGAGCAUUGAACUUAAGUUUGGGUUUAGACAGGCCAAAAAAUAAAUACAUCAGCAACAGGUUAAAUUGUAUUAUGAUAACGGCAAUAAAUAAUGUUCUACAAAAUGAAAGGAGAACCUGUUGUUAAGCUGCAAAGGUGAGACCGGUGAGUGCAAAUAUGUGCUCAAAACAAUCACUGAAUUUAUGAGUUUUUAUUAUUUUUUUAAAUUGUUUUAUUAUUUUUAAUCGGAUGUCCUAAAGGUUACAUUUAAAAUAUCUAAAAUUGAAAAAUAUCUAAAAACACAGACAAGAAACAGCAACAUGACUUAGCUGCAAACUAAAGAUAAUCAUGUCAUUUACCAUCACUAAGACAAAAAGUGAAUCUAACAUUUUAACAAGGUUACAAACACUAUCCUGACAGUGAAAGACCAUCGGACUGAUGGAUGAGAAAGAUUGUCACAACCAAAAGAUUGGUAACCAGGCUGCAAUCACACAAGUGAAAGAUUAUUCAAAGGAAAUUUUCUUUUUUUUAAUAAACCUACUUGAAUGUCUACGACAAACAUAAGAGUGUCUGAUCUGAACUGUGGAGAACAUUAUUUCCUUCAGUGUAUGCUAAGAGUCGACUGGACUUCAAUUUUGACAAAUAAAGACCUACUGUAUAGGUCACGUAGAGGUAUAGGAACAGUUCAGUAUGAUCUGAAAAACACUGAGAUUUUCUUUGAAAAGAACCAAAACUCCUUCCUGAGCGAUAUUGAUGUAGAUUAGCAUUUAUGCUGUUGUUUUGAUAUUGAUUAAUGACACUCAACCUCUGAGGAGUAAACCUGCUGUAACGGCAGUAAAGUUAGAUACUCUGAUGAAAGUGUGUGUUAGAGUUUAUUAUUGAUCUUCACCUUUGCAGCAGGACUUUCAGGUAGACGCUGAUCAUCGCUGACAUUCAUCAGAGUUUGUCUGUGUGCAGAAAGACAGAAACCUUUGUUCAAUAAAGCUCUCAUCUCUCUGUGAUCACUUCAGAUUUACACUCCUUCAGAGAUACACACACUCAUACAAUAUCUGUCUGCUAGACAAGAAACACACAACGAACUGUGCUAACUGAGAUUGAGCUGAAUUUCUCAUCUGUCUCUUGCUGUGUGGUUCCUCUCUGUUUGCUCAUUAGAAGAGACAGUCAGAGUGGCCCCCACAGCUCUUUAUUGUUUAUCCCAAAUGCAAUCAUCUGAGCUAAGAAUAUUAUAAUCUGGGUCUUUAGAUGAUAGUGCAAUAUUAGCUUCUGACUCCCCUUUCCAAAUUCAAAGUUUGCCCAGAAGCAGAUUUUUCUGUCCUAAUUUUUUAGAAGUUAGUGACAAAGUGAAGAAACACUGACAGCAGGAUUAGUCAGAGUUUGUCCUCUACUGGCGUGAGACACAGAUAAGUGAAAGAGAGAAUGCUUCUCAUAUCUGUAACUUACACUCUGUGUUAUCACGACAUUAAGGCCGGCUAACUGUAUCCAAGCAGACCGCCAUCAGUCACGCCGUCACGCUGUCAGGAACUGUAUUUGGGAAAUGUUCUGUCAGAGCACUAAUAGGCUGUGCACUGUGGUUUUCUCAUUAGCAUACUAAGUGUUCUCAAGGCAGAAUCAGCCACCUGCGUCAUACAGCAGUGACGCUCCUUAUAUAUGAAGUCCUCUCGUGUAAACACAUGGUUGCUUUUCCCCCCAUCUGUCUUAGGCGCGUGUCAACAACUUACACCUUGUGCAUCUAGAUCUGUUGUGUCUUGGAUGUUGGCCAUGCCAUUGCAAACUUUAAAAGAGAUUUACUGUAAUUUUGUUUCUGUCAACGUCUUUCUCUUUCAAUCAAAUGCUUGAGAGCCAGAAUGUCCAAGAGUUUUAAGGCUGAUUUUAAUAAGCCCUUGAUAAGUUCUGAUCAAUAUCCCAUCCAUCAAAUAUUUAAAUGUAUCAGCACUUUUAACUCAGCUCAGCUAUAGCUUGGCAUUUUGCUUAUAAUCAUGUAAGGAAUGAGCCAAUAAAAAUUUGCAUAACCGAUGACUGUCUCCAUCAAUCAAAACCAAAACAGAUUUAUUCCAUCCUUAAAACAUGACGAAUGCAGCCCAAUCACAGAUCCUCAUUUUGGAGAAGUUGGACAAGGUCACUAGAAAACAACUUCAGGUCAUUACAAUACGUCCCAAUCAAUGUUCUGUGGAUUGACAAGUCAAUAAAUAUGUUCUGAGUUGAUUCAAUACACUUCUGUCAAAAGCUGAUAUCCAGUUAAAGAUCCUGAAAGGGAGUGGGUCUGAUAUUAUGAGAGAGAGCGUAAAGGUGAUGGAGGAAAAAAAAAAAACUUAUG